UGUGGAGGUGUGAAAUUAAUUUCAAUGUUUACUCGCCGGUUAAUAGCGAAUUAAGCGUAAUUAAUUGGUUUAAAGUGGUAUUGAAGAUGUUUUUCAUUUGAACGUAGAACUACAGUGUGAAAAUUAGACCUACGGGUGAGAUUUUAAGUAAGUGCAAAGCAAAACAUGUAAGGUGACGCGGGAACUUUACUUGUUGUUCCAAAUUCAUAAUUUCUUGUUCCGGUAAUGGAUUCUAACGAGAACAAGGAUUGGAAGAAGAAAUUGGGCUUCCCAAUCAAUUACGAUUCUGGCCAGAGUUCAGAAGAGGACUUUGACGCGAAGGAUGUGGUGAUGCGCCAUCCGCGGCACUCCUCGAAUUACUACUUGGAGGAGAACGGGGACGGGUCAGUGGCUGACCAGCUCGGCACCACGCCGCCUAGGACGCGUAUUAGGGACAAGGAGAGGAGGAGGACGGUCUAUGAAUCUGGAACUAGUUUGCAGAAGAUGCUCGUCGAAGGCAACAAAUUGGACGACGUGCCUACGCCCCCAGAACGGCUGAGAAGGCGUUCUGGACUCAAAUUGACCAGAUCGAAAGAACGCGAUUGGAAGGAUAGUCAAAGGGAGCCAAGAGCAGAUUCCUUGCCCUCACCUAGUCCUCAGGCAGCUGUACCUACCCUGCCUUAUUUCCAGGUGGAGUCCUGCAGUCGAUUCAUGUCGCUCACCUCACGUUUGAAAUGCCAAGCUGCUUGCGAAGAAGAAGUGCAGGAGAGAGGCCUCGAAGAUGGGUUACCCGCCAACAGAGUCAACUUCCACAACACAUUCUGCAUGCUCAUCAAUAUGGGGAAUAUUGAAAAGGGCUGCAAACGGACUAUAAGUCGCGAGGAGCAGGUUUGGCAGAACGAACUCAAAGACUUGAUAUGGUUGGAGCUGAAAGCAAAGUUGGCCAGCCGAACUCUAAGUCAACAAGAUGAGUUUCUAUGUUCUCAGCGGAGUAUGAUACCAACUAUAGUAUUGAGGAUCCAUGAAUACAAGUUCGAGAAUCCAGAUCCCUGUAGAAACCGAACGCGGUUACUGGCUCCCAUUGAGGGAUCACAUGAAGAUCUCUCCAAUAUGCCAGAAGAAAAUGCACCAGAACAAAAAAGCCAAGAUUUCCUCUUUGGUUGCGUGUCGUUUGACUGCGAGCGUUGCACCACCGCGGUGGGUAUCGCCAUGAAGCAAGUUGCAGAACUUCUGGACGCGUACGAAGCUGUGAUAGCUCUGUACCCAUCGAGCAUUGCGGCCGCUGAGGAACAUCCCGCGCUCUUCUCAGACAAGACCAUGAAUAGGUUGAGAGCGAUGUGUCUGUGGUACAACACGGCGCUACACAUGCGGCUGAAGGUACUGUCCGUGCGUCGCAUGCUGCGGACUGUACGGGACAAGAGUCGACGCGGUUUUGAACACGGCGCCUCCACGGAACCCAGCAGCAGGAAAUCUUCGGUCACCCAAAAGCCAUGCCAAGUUCGUUUCAACGUGAGCACCAACACAAAUGAUUCCAACAACAGCGACUCCAGUGGCCAGUCUGACAGGAAAUCCGAUAUCUCUGAUGAUCAGGGUAAAGAAUCUGACGUGCAGAUUAAUGAGGGUGUCCAAGCAGAAGCUCAUAAAGAUGCCACCGAAGAUAAGGCUAGCAGCAGUGAAGAGAAAAUAGGAGUCGAUGUUAUAGAUAGUGGAUAUGAAAAAAUUGAGUACGCUGGCGAUAUGACGCCGGAGAUAGUCGUAUCGGAGACGUACAGCACGACCGACACCAACGUAUCAAGCGAAAGCGGUUAUAUUUCCGGGGAACAUGGCAACGAACGAGAUACGCACGAUGUGUACGAUAUAGGUCAGCUGAGGGAUGUAGCACAGCUUAGAUUGCUUGGCCGAACUGAAGUGUCUGCUUACCGUGACUACCACUACGAGAUGUUGAAGACGCAGGGCGUCCGACGCUGUAUGAUGUUCAUGAAUAAAAUGUGCAACAAGCUUCUCAACAAGGUUUACCUUACGCUGCUAGAACCUCAGCCGGAAGGUGCUGAUGAAGAGGCGCAAGACGGUUUAGACGAUACCAAAGAUACAGAACAGAAGACUGACAAUAAUAUCACGAAAAAUACUUAUGAAUUUCGCAGAUAUGGUUGCUGGUGUGAGGAAACAUUAUCAAUGCAGCUACCUUCGUACCGGAGCCACUUCCUGCUGUUGACCAGUAUUUGUAUGGAAGCCGUCCAUGACUAUCUCUCUCUGAGGAUGGAAGGCCGGCCAGAGCAGCUUUCCUGUCUCACUAUCAAACAGCUAAUACACGAACUCAAGGAGGGGUUGGACAUAGCGGCUGAGAUGCGAGCGUCGUUCGCUCGCAACGUGGAGGCAGCGUUGCGAGGCUCGCGUGCGGUACCGCAGACCCGUCGAGACCUACUGGACAUUCUCCACACUUUUGACGCCACUGUGGAAACUGCUCUACAACAAUACCUGUCGUACCUGCGUACUAUGUCGGAAACCGAAACUCAGAGUCGGGCCGCAUUGGCAGCCGAGUGGGCCUUUACUGCCAAACUAGCUGCUCGGACGCCUCAGGCUGCCGUGCUAGCUCCUCCGGCGUUUGCCGACAUGGCCUGCAAUCAACUUAACCGAGUAUUAACAAGGUUUGAGGACAAGUUCAAACAAGUCAUGGAGCUCGAGAAAAGUGAGCACACCGAUCCGGAUGAUCAAAGGUAUUUGGUAUACACGAUAUGCCGCGAGGCGCAGUGCGUGUACGCCAGCGAGCGGGAAGCGGCCUUGCAAGCGGCGCAGUGGGCCCGCGCGCUCGCAUCGCGCCUCGCACAACGACACCGAGCGCAUUCCGGAAGGAUAUUUAAUAGUCUAAUAGCCAUCAGGGAUUGUCUAGUGCGUCACACGGCAUACAUUAUGGAACGAAGCCAGACAGAGGCGCUAUCGUCACACGAACUACCGAAGGACAUACGCGAUAGUAUGGUGGCGCGAGUCAGGGAGCUUUUACUGCAAGUUUACAAAUUGGGCUUUGAGCUGCACACAGAGUUGUACAAAUUCGCACAGGCGCCGUUCAAACUGCGAGAGAAGGAGGUCAGGCGCAUGCGCCCUUCCUCCCUCCAGCCCUCCCGCCCUCAAACCCCCAAACUGCGGCGAAAGAGGCCCGAGACUAUGCUCGUACACGAGACUUCGUCCACAGCCAAUCCGAUGAUCCAUAAAGAACUGCACAGAUUCGUCAACGACUCGCCGCAAUGCAGACCGUUCCCUCCACGGAAUGUGGGAGGGUCUCCGCGGAAGUUACGUCUUCUGCGUUCUGAGAGCAUUGGGGAAGAAGGUGAAGCUAGUGUGAUCGAUGAUAACACUUUUGUUAGUCCGUCUCUAAACGACAUUGAAUCCCUCCUCACCGGAGCCAAAUUAGCUCAAGCAAAUCGAGGGGAAAUAGACGAGCCAACGCAGCAAGAAGCGGAAUGGGCUAAAAGAGUAGCGCGAGCGGUUAUUGAGUUCGCGCGUUGCUGGAUGCAUUUCGUUGUGGAGCGUUGUGAUCGGGGACGUGGACUGAGGCCUAGAUGGGCGAGUCAAGGACUAGAGUUUUUAAUGCUGGCCUGCGAUCCGUGCAACACCAAACAUUUGAGCGAAGAAGAGUUCGAAGAUUUAAAGCAGUUGAUGGAUGGAUGCAUAUCGCACGUGAUUGGUUCCCGGACACCUACCCCCACUACAGUAACACCUACGCCACCGCAUCGCCGGCCUAGAAUACAUAGUCCGCUUUCGAGCACGAGCAACGCUAGCAGCAAAGAAAGUGCCUACCCACCUACUCCGCCCAGUGAGCAUGAUGGGCCUCUGAGCUUGCAUAAGUUUGAAGAUACAUUACACAGUAAACGAGUGAUAGAAGCAAUACAGCGGUUGGACCAGGCCAGGGACGAUAAACUGCAUCAGUUAAAUUCAGUUGGAAAAGUACUGGAGUCCACAGUGAAGAGUUACGAGCCAAAGCUGCGGCAGUUGACCUUCAAAUGGCAACGUGGUUUAAAGAUCGGCGCUGGCACUUUUGGAAAGGUGUACACAGUAGUCAACACGGCCAGCGGACAGUUACUGGCAAUGAAGGAGCUCAGUAUCGGGGCAGGCGACCGCCGCGCUCUACAAAGAGCUGCCAAUGAACUACGCGUGUUGGAAGGCGUUUUGCAUCCACACCUCGUACGCUACUAUGGAUGCGAGCUGCAUAGGGAAGAAAUGCUGCUUUUCAUGGAACUGUGCGUGGAAGGCUCGCUCGAAGCCUUAGUAGCUACUUCUGGAGCCCUGACUGAACACACUACCAGGAAAUAUACGAAGCAACUGCUUAGCGCAGUGUCUGAGCUACACUCGAGAUCCAUCGCGCAUAGAGACAUAAAGAGUGGCAAUAUCUUCCUAACAAACGAGGGUCACUGUCUGAAGCUGGGUGACUUCGGAUGUGCUGUCAAGAUCCGUGCGAACACCACAGCGCCUGGAGAAUUGCAGGGCUUCGUUGGCACGCAGGCGUACAUGGCUCCGGAAGUGUUCAUGAAGUCGUCCGGCCACGGCAGAGCUGCGGAUAUCUGGUCGCUGGGCUGUGUUGCCACUGAAAUGGCUUCAGGGAAGCGCCCGUUCUCGGAGUACGACAGCAACUACCAGAUUAUGUUCGUGGUGGGGAUGGGGGGUCGGCCACACAUACCUGAGACGCUCUCCGCAGAGGGCCAGCAGUUUUGCCUGAGCUGCCUCACACACGAUCCCGAUUUACGUCCGCGUGCCGAGGCCCUCAGUUUACAUCACUUCUUAAUGGUGAAAUCCGAUGACGACUGCAAAUGCGAAACAGCGUACCUGAUCACGUAGAAAAUUUAAUUUAGCGUUUCACAGUUACUGCGAUUACUUAUUUUCUCCUCAAACCUUAUGUCUCCCUAGUAUCUAUACUCUAAUAAAGGGGCGAAAUUUGUAAACUUGCAGGAUUAUCUCUGGAUCUGGACUGAACCGUUUUUGAAAAUUCUUUUACCAAUAGAAAAUUACAUUAUUCGUGAUGACGAUAAAAUAUUCAUAAGCUGAAGCAAAAAGGACGCGAGACUGUCAACAUACCCAUAUGUUUUCAGACCAAUGAGUAAGGGAUAUCAAAUAACGGCUCUAAUAUACUAUGUUCAUAUAACUUGAGUGUACCUAUUCGCUCUUUAAAGUAUUCCGAAUUCCUGACUGUUAAAGUUUUUUAUUGGAAUUGUGUAUUUCAAUAUGAAGUGGUGGUAGCGUAGUGGGUAGGUGCUUGACUUCACUUUCGGGGGGCCGAGUUCGAAUCCCAGCACGCACCU